AUGGCCUUCGGGCCCCCAAAGGGAAAGAGGACGGUUGUGUCCCACUUCUUGGCGCGUUAUGAGUUGGCCACCCAUAACGCCGUAGAUAUGGUCUACGUUGCUGCUCAGCCGGGCAAUUUUUACCCGGCUGAGCACGUCCAGACCAACCCAACCAUCGUCACAAAAAUUCCAUCACAGCAACGAACCACCAACCCAACCAUCGUUACAACAUCCGCCAAUCGUUUAUAA